AUUUCAGCUCACUGAAACCUCCGCCUCCUGGAUUCAAGCGAUUCUCCUACCUCAGCCUCCCCAGUAGCUGGGACUACAGGAGGCUGAAAGGGAAACAUCAGCCGCCCGGGGGGAGUUAAAAUGAGUGACAACGCUACUCUGGCUGCUCCAGCUUCAAACCAGGGUCCUACCACCCCACGCAAAGGCCCUCCCAAGUUCAAGCAGAGGCAGACUCGCCAAUUCAAGAGUAAACCUCCAAAGAAAGGUGUGAAAGGAUUUGGAGAUGACAUUCCAGGAAUGGAGGGGCUAGGAACAGAAAGGCUGUCACCAUUUGACCAAAAGGGAGGACCAGGACAGAAGGACCAUAAGUCAAUGGUUUUCUUUAGUGUGCUGCCAGCAGAAUCAGAAUCACCUGGAAGCUGGGGACAUGGAUGGACUUGGAAGCCAUUAUCCACAGGAAACUCAUGCAAGAACAGAAAACCAAACACAGCAUGUUCUCACUUAUAAGUGGGAGCUGAAUGAUGAGAACAUAUGGAUGCAUCAGGGGGAACAACACACACUGGGGCCUGUUGGGGCAUGGGAGGAGGAAGAGCAUCAGGAAUAAUAGCUAAUGGAUUCUGGGCUUAAAACCUAGGUGAUGGGUUGAUCUAUGCAGCAAACCACCAGGGCACACAUUCACCUAUGUAACAAACCUGUACAGCCUGCACAGGUACCCCUGAACUUAAAAUUAAAGUUGAAGUAAAAAAAAAAGAAAAAGUUUGUGAACCCUUUAACCCCUGACCAAAGGGAAAAAGAAUAAAAGAAGGUAGCAAAAAUUAGAGGAGAGCUGACUCAUAAUUCUAAAUGAAGUAAGAAUUCAAAACAAAACAAUCCUAAUAAUUAUUCUAAAUAACAUAAUUCUAAAUAAUAAGUGUAGUAACAUAAUAAUAGCAAAUCUUUAUUGAUCUCUUAUGAUGUCCUACAUCCUGUUUUAGUCACUUUAAUUGUAUUAACUUGCUUAAUAUUUAUAACUUCCAUCCAUUUUAUAAAUAAAAAAACUGGCACAAAUUGUCCAAAUGAAAUAGUUUUUUUUUUUAAUAUAAACCCAAGAAGUUCUGUCCUCAGAGCUCGUGCAGUUUAUCAUUACCUAAGACUACCUGCCUCUUGAGAAAAAGUGAAUCUCUUCAGUUAAACUAUGCAGAUAUUUGCUAAUAUUUGCUACUGUGCUUGUUCGUUUUGGGAAGGCGAUUCCACAUAAUUUUGUCAGAACUCCUUUGUAUGAAGAUAGAAUCCAGCCACCAUCCUAUCCUCAUCACGACACUGUCAUUACAACUAAGACAUCAGAGUGGACAUUCCCCGCUUUUCAAGAAACAUUUUCGUCUACUGACUCUAUGUGGAUGUCAAAGAGCUAACUAUGCUUUAUGUUCUUCAUUUCAUUUCCUGAAACUUUGAUGUGCAGGUUAAAGACUGUUUCUAUCUGAACUGUUUUAUGGGAAAAGCUAGCUUGAACCUAACUACAUGAACCUCUGGAGGCUGGGUAACCUGACUUUUUCACAAAGCAACUGAUAUUCGCAUGUUGGGUUUUAUUUUUAAUUUGUCAUGGUUCUUGGAGACUGCUCUGAAUGUUCAAUUAUAUUUUUAAUUUCACUGCUGGCUUAUUAGCUGAUUAACUGAGCUGUUCUCAUCUGAGCAGUAUUAGGGUUUAGUAAGAUCUUACAUCAUUCUACAGGAAUCAAUUUAUAAACUUUGUUUACUUCAAGAUUCUGGCUGACACAUUAAUUUAGCAGCAACAGAAUUACAGAUAGCGUUACAAAAAAGCUAUUAGCUAUUCUCUUAGAGAUAAUAUUUAUAAAUGGAACAUAAUUACAGCCUGGAAGCACACAGUUUCCAGAGCUAAAGGCAAUAAAGCUAAAGCAAUAAAGAAUUUACUAUUAGCUCUCCUGGGACAAAGAGGGCUCCAGCGGAAUGGGAAAGAGGUUGGGGUGAGGUAUAGAGCUGGGAAGGCGAAAAAAGAAGGAAGAGAAUGGGAUCACAGGAGAGGCUCGGCUCUUCUAAACAGUAGUUAUAUUCCAGGCUGUUCUAAGAAGGCAGAGACUAGCGCCCGGGGAGACCAAGUCUCUGCUUCUACUAUGGAAGAUUUUUAAAAGUUGUUUCCAACCCGAUGGAAAAUUUCUCAUGGGAAUGGUUUGCUCACUGAUGUUUUCCCAAAAGAUCCUUUCUCUUAUUUUCCCAGAUCACUGGGUUUUUUAAAAAAAAUGUAAUGACCGUUAUCCCAAACAACUAGAUAAUAUACAGCCUUUGUCCUUUAAGUGCAAAUUUGGGUCUGUAAAUAUUUAUUGAGCAGCUACUGUAUACAAGAUACUUUACUAGGUAUUUUGAGAGAUACCAAGAUAAAUAAGAUGUGAUCCCUGCCCUUAAGAGGCACAAGAUUUAGAAGGUGAGAGAAGAUAUGUAAUACUGCAAGUACCAAUACUAGCUACUCUAUACCAGGCGUUACUCUCAAUGCGUUGGCUAUACUAACUCAUCUAACCCUCAUAGUAACUCUGCAAGACGAUGUCAUCAUUAUUUUCAUUUAAUAGAUGAAGGAAUUGAGGUGAGCAAUAUUAUAUAACUUGGCAAAUGUUACAUGCUAUAAAUAAGUUGAAAUUCGAGACAGAGAGAGGUGAACUAUUUGACUUAAAGUCGUAGAGUAAAUCAAAGUCAGCCUCGGCUAUAAUUCACUUGAAGUCUCCUGACUCCCAGCACAAGGCUCCGUUUAUUAAAUUGUGAAGUAUUUUUUUGUUUUUUCCUUAAUAAUGAAUGGGACUAGGAGUGAUUUCAGCACUUCAUGUAAGACUCCUACUUGCUUGUUCUGAGAAAGUAAUCAACUUCAAGUCAAACUUUGUUUUUUUAAAAAAGCCUUGAAAGUAUUCACUAAGAGUUUUAUGAAACUUUAAGCAAAGAACUGUUUGUACAAAUACCAUUUUAAAAUAAUUUUCUGACUGGAGCUGAUAUAAAUGUACAUUUAUUGUUGACUUUAGGAAGGCUUUCAUAUGAAUAUCACUUUUUGAAGUUUAUUUUUAAAAAUUCAUUCAUUUAUCUAAAGUGUAUGUUUUGUAUUAAUAUAUCAGAAUCAAAGUUCAUUAAAUAAUGUUAUUAGG